AGUUGUGAAAUGGCAGAUCUCUUAUUGUGUGAGAAAGAACAAAGGCCAGAACCACUGGAGAAAGUGGAAGAAUCCAACCACAGGGACAAGGAUGAUGAAAAUUCUGAUUUGCUAUUUGUUGGAGUGGAACAUGUAAAUGAAGAUGAUGAAGUUCUCUUUGUCAGAGUGAUUUCCAAAUCAAAACCAGUCAUUUCAAACAUUUUGAAUAGAGUGGUCCCAGACUCAUAUUCGACAAGAAAUAAAGGCUGCUUGGUUCAAGAUACUGCUUGCACAUUACAGCCUACAAAUCACUUGACCCCUAUGUCGAAAGCAGGGGCCAUCCCUCCAGUUUCUCAUUCUGGGAAGAGAGCAUUAGAUAGUCCUAUUUUUGAGCCUUCAUCUAAAUGUGAUUAUAAAACAAACUCAACACAAGUCGUCCCUGGCAAUUCCUCAGAUUUGCUCUCUCCAGGGGCUCAGUGUCUCCUUGGAGCUGUACUUUCUACAGGGGGCAAGGAUGAAAGUCCUCAUGAUUCAAAGAGACUUUCCACUUUGGAUAUAAACAGUAGAAAUCCCAAAAGAUCUAAACUCAGUGAUGGGGUCCUAGGGGGACAUCCUUUAGCUGUGGCUCCUUUAGGUGUCUCUCCUCCAAUGAAUGUGAGUACACCCUCACUAGAUGUUCCCUCUUUAUUAAACCCUGUUGAGAAUGGAGCAUCAUUUCCUCGGGCUUAUGCAAAUGACAAGGAACAUUUCAAUUUUAUGGAUCCAGAUAGAGCAAAUAGUUUGGAAAGGCAGGGAAAAACAGACUCUUUGAGACUAGCAAGUCAAAACAAGACUGAUCCCAAGAAAGGAAAUCUGAUCAUGUUACUUCAUGACUUCUACUACGGACAGCAUAAAGGAGAUGGGCUGCUAGAACAGAAGACUCACACAGCCUUUAAAUGCCUCAGCUGCUUGAAAGUUCUAAAGAAUGUCAAAUUUAUGAACCACGUGAAGCACCAUUUGGAACUUGAGAAACAGAAGGGCGGCAGCUGGGAAAUCCACACCACCUGCCAGCACUGCCACCGGCAUUUUCCCACUCCCUUCCAACUGCAGUGUCACAUUGAAAGUGUACACACCUCCCAAGAGCCCUCUGCUGUUUGUAAAAUUUGUGAAUUGUCAUUUGAAACAGAUCAGGUUCUUUUACAGCACAUGAAGGACAAUCACAAGCCUGGGGAAAUGCCCUAUGUGUGCCAGGUUUGCAAUUACAGAUCGUCGGCCUUUGCUGAUGUGGAAACACAUUUCAGAACGUGCCAUGAAAACACUAAGAACUUGCUUUGUCCAUUUUGUCUCAAAAUUUGCACAGUUGUAACAUCCUACAUGAAUCAUUGUUGGAGUCACUGGAACAAGAGAUUCUUCCAGUGUACCAAAUGCCGGCUACAGUUUUUGACUUUUAAGGAGAAAAUGGAGCACCAAACCAAGAAUCAUCAAACAUUUAAAAAGCCAAAGCAAUUGGAAGGAUUGUCUCCUGAAACAGAAAUUAUUAUUCAAACUACAGGUCAACCAGGAUCCAGAGGUGCAGCAUCCAUUAUUGUGAACAUCACUGACCCUCAAUUGUCAACUGUAAAAAGUAAAAGGAGAGUGACUAUGAACAAUAAGUAUUAUAGAUAUCACUGA